GCAGCAUGGUGCGAUCCACCGGUGAGUUUUUGAGAACAGUUCUCUAUUUAUCAAUAACACUUAAACAUUAACUUGUUUGGAAUAAGUUUUCCCGGAUGAGGAGUUACGAGCCAUGGAGGAACUAAUGAAAUGGAUCUGGUUUGGGAUACUUCUUCGCGUUCCGUUGUAUGGAUGCUUCGAUCUACACAUUUCGGAGUCUUUUCAGCCUGGAGAAGCGCUGGUAAACGCCUCUCUCGGACCGGGCUGGAUUUACAGAAUAGACAGGAGUUUAACACCGAAAUCCCUCGGCCACAGUGUGAAGGUCGGGAGAGGGGAUGGAGUUGUAACUCUCGCCCGCAAAGUUCACUGUGUCCUCCUGGAGAGACGCGCAGCGCUCCCGCUGUUCUUGAGGAUUACAUCAUUGACGUCCGAGAAUUUCGUGCUGAUCCACUUCAACACGUUUGUUCACGGCCAGAACUGCUUUAUUAAAUACAGAAGGAAAAUUAAACCCGACGCAUAUAUUUAUAUUCAUUCGGAAAACGGGGAGUGCUGGAACCCGGGCACAUUGCCGAUAGUUCUUCAUGAACAUCUACCAAGGUUUACGCGGGACUCUAAAACUGUUGGUGCUUUUACUGAGAAAGAGAGGAAGAAGAAUACGGACACUGCGAAUAUAAACCUGAGCACUGAACCCUGUUUGCGUCAUGAUACCACUUUUCUGUGCACCCUGCAGACUAGGAAAUGUGUAUUAGUUUUAGGAGUAACAUUGCAGUUUGGCGAACAGCGACAUCACACUGGGGUAAAUAGUGUAACUGACUACACAAGACCCCUAGGUGGAGGUGAGUCUAAAGGGGCUUUGGAUGAUAGCAGAAAGGUCCACAGGGAAUACAUUCGAGCUAGAACUUUAUUGAACAUGCCUGUUGGGACCACCUAUCCUCUGCAUUUGUUCCAGGAUGGUAAGCAUUGGUUGCAGGACCCAUGGGUUAGUCGUAAAAAGCGAAACACCAACUCGGCUCCACAGUUUCAGCUGCCAAAUUACCAGGUUUCCAUUCCUGAGAACGAGCCGCCUGGAACACGAGUAAUUACGCUCAAAGCAUUUGACUCUGACGACGGAGAUGCAGGAGUACUCGAAUAUGACAUGGACUCUCUGUUUGACAGCAGAUCUAACGAUUACUUUCAGAUUAACCCCGAGACGGGUGGCAUUACAACUCUGCAGUCUUUAGACAGGGAAGUUAAAGACACCCAUGUUUUCAAAGUCAUUGCCACUGACAAGGGGACACCAAAGAGGUCAGCAACUGCUUAUCUUACCAUUACAGUCAGUGACACAAAUGACCACAAGCCAGUGUUCGAGCAAACCGAGUAUAGGGUCAGCAUUCGAGAAAAUGCCGAGGUGGGUUUUGAAGUUAUGACGAUUCGAGCCACGGAUGGAGAUGCACCCUCUAAUGCCAAUAUGAUAUACAGGAUUGUGAACGAGGCUAAGGUGAAUGAGGUCUUUGAAAUUGAUCCCAGGAAUGGUUUGGUAAAAACCAAGAUUCGUCCAGACAGAGAGGUUCGCUCACACUAUCAGGUUAUAGUGGAGGCAAAUGAUCAAGGUCGAGAUCCUGGGCCAUGCAGUGCUACAGCCACUGUACAUAUCAUGGUGGAGGAUGAGAACGAUAACUUUCCUCAGUUCAGCGAGAAAAGAUACGUUGUCCAAGUUCUUGAAAAUGUGUUUGUCAACACUGAAGUAGCACAGGUCAAGGCCACAGACAGAGAUGCUGGAAAUAACGCCAAAGUGCAUUACAGCAUAAUCAGCGGCAAUGUAAAAGGACAGUUCUACAUUCAUUCGCCCACAGGUGUCAUUGAUGUCAUUAACCCUCUUGAUUAUGAGAUGAUCAGGGAGUAUAAUUUGCGAAUAAAAGCUCAAGAUGGUGGACGGCCACCUCUUAUUAACAACACAGGUAUAGUUGUUGUGCAGGUCGUGGAUGUGAAUGAUAAUGCUCCGAUGUUUGUCAGCACACCUUUUCAGGCUUCGGUGUUGGAGAAUGUUAACAUUGGUUACUCUGUUAUGCACAUUCAAGCUAUUGAUGCAGAUUCAGGGAAUAAUGCUCAUUUGGAGUACCAACUCACCGCCACAUCACCCAGCUUUCCCUUUAUCAUCAACAACAGUACAGGGUGGAUUACUGUCAAUAUGGAGCUGGACAGAGAGACUACUGAGUUUUAUACUUUUGGUGUGGAGGCAAGAGAUCAUGGAGUUCCUGUAAUGUCAUCCUCGGCCAGUGUCAGUGUAACAGUGCUGGAUGUGAAUGACAAUGUUCCCACCUUUACACAGAAACUGUAUAAUCUAAAGAUUCAUGAGGAUUCUCCUGUGGGGGCCACUGUACUCACAGUCACUGCCAUAGAUAGAGAUGUGAACAGUGUAGUGACCUACCAGAUUUCCAGUGGGAACACACGGAAUAGGUUUGCUAUCACCAGUCAGAGUGGUGGUGGUCUUAUUACCUUAGCCUUCCCCUUAGACUACAAGCAGGAACGCCAAUAUAUUCUCAUUGUAACGGCUUCAGACGGUGUACGCUUUGACACUGCACAGAUUUUUAUUAAUGUUACCGAUGCCAACACUCAUCGGCCUGUGUUUCAGAGUGCCAACUACCAAGUUCUACUGAGUGAGGAUAGGCCUGUGGGUACCACUGUUGUGGUCAUCAGUGCUACAGACGAAGACACUGGUGAGAAUGCACGCAUUACUUAUGUGAUGGAGGACAACGUGCCUCAGUUUAAAAUUAACCGGGAUACUGGUGCCAUUACAACUCAGAUCGAGAUUGACUAUGAAGAUCAAGCCUCAUACACACUGGCCAUCAUUGCUCGAGACAAUGGAAUUCCCCAGAAGUCUGACACCACCUAUCUAGAGAUUAUAGUGCUCGAUGCUAAUGAUAAUGCACCCCAGUUUUUGAGGGCUAUCUACCAGGGCAAUGUGUUUGAGGAUGCAAAUGUGUACACAAGUGUACUUCAAGUCUCUGCCUCUGACAGAGAUUCAGGUACAAACGGCAGGGUGAUAUAUACAUUUCAGGGAGGGGAUGAUGGGGAUGGGGAUUUCUUUAUUGAGCAAUACUCAGGGAUAAUCAGAACAGCCAAGAAGCUGGAUAGGGAAAACGUAGCCACCUAUAACCUCAAAGCUUUUGCAGUAGACAAAGGGGUCCCUCCGCUUAAAGCAGCAGUCGAUAUCCAGGUCUCAGUGCUAGACAUUAAUGACAAUGCCCCUGUGUUUGAAAAGGAUGAGUUGUAUAUCUAUGUCGAGGAGAACAGCUCUGUUGGUUCCACAUUGGCACGUGUCAGUGCCACUGAUCCUGAUGAGGGAACAAAUGCUCAAAUCCUAUAUCAGAUUAUCGAGGGUAAUGCUCCUGAAAUCUUCCAGCUGGACAUCUUCAAUGGGGAUCUAAUAGCCCUCACUGAUUUGGACUACGAAACCAAGAUGGAGUACCUGAUUGUAGUUCAGGCCACAUCUGCCCCACUGGUCAGCAGGGCUGUUGUACACAUAAGCUUAGUGGAUGUUAAUGACAACUAUCCCAUUCUGCAGAAUUUUGAGAUCAUAUUUAACAACUACAUAAAUAAUAAAUCCAACAGCUUCCCUGCCGGUGUCAUUGGGAAGGUUCCUGCACAUGACCCAGAUGUGUCUGAUAAACUCCUCUUCACUUUUGUAGAGGGUAAUGAGCUCAAUUUGCUCAUUUUAAACCAGAACACAGGUGAACUGAAGCUAAGCAAAGACCUGGACAACAACAGACCCCUGGAAGCCACUAUGAAAGUGACUGUCUCAGAUGGUCUCCAUCAUGUCUCAGCUCUUUGCACACUCCGUGUUGCCAUCAUCACAGACAACAUGUUGACAAAUAGUAUCACAGUGCGACUGGAGAACAUGUCCCAGGAGCGCUUUCUCUCUCCCCUGCUUAGUCUAUUCACUGAGAGCAUAGCCACUGUGCUGUCCACCAGCCGCGAUGGCGUAUUUGUUUUCAAUGUACAGAACGACACGGACGUGGAUACGAGCGUUCUCAAUGUUACUUUCUCAGCCCUGCUGCCUGGUGGCACUCCUGGCCGCUUCUACCCCACAGAGGAGCUCCAGGAGCAGCUGUACCUAAACCGCACAUUGCUAACACUUAUUUCUUCACAACAAGUCCUCCCCUUUGAUGACAACAUCUGCCUGCGUGAGCCCUGUCAGAAUUACAUGAAGUGUGUGUCAGUGCUAAAGUUUGACAGUUCAGCUCCCUUUGUGGCCUCUAGCACAGUCCUCUUCAGGCCUAUCCACCCCGUUAAUGGCCUGCGCUGUCGCUGUCCAGAUGGAUUUACUGGCGAUUAUUGUGAGACAGAGAUCGACCUAUGCUAUUCAGCACCCUGCAAAAACAACGGGAGGUGCCGUAGCCGUGAAGGCGGAUACACCUGCGAGUGCCCUGAGGAUUUUACAGGUGAGAACUGUGAAGUGAGCGCUCGAUCGGGCCGCUGCAUGUCGGAUGUGUGUAAGAACGGAGGCCACUGUGUGGACUUGCUGGUCGGGGGGUUUAUGUGCCAGUGUCCUGAAGGAGAGUUUGAAAAGCCCUACUGUCAGAUGAGCACACGCAGCUUUCCUGGGAAUGCAUUCGUCACCUUUAGGGGCCUUAAGCAGAGGUUUCACUUCACAUUGUCCUUCAUGAUUGCCACUAGAGAGAGAAAUGCACUGUUACUCUAUAAUGGAAGGUUUAACGAAAGGCAUGACUUUAUCGCUGUGGAGAUUGUGGAUGAGCAAAUUCAACUCACAUUCUCUGCUGGACAGAGUAAGACCACAGUGGCACCGUUCAUACCGGCUGGAGUAAGUGAUGGACAGUGGCACACGGUGUGGCUUCAUUACUACAACAAGCCUAACAUUGGACGUACUGGACUCCCUCAUGGUCCUUCAGAGGAGAAAGUCGCUGUGGUUGCUGUGGAUGAUUGCGACGUGGCCAUGGCCGUGCGUUUUGGUGGUCAGAUCGGGAACUACUCUUGUGCAGCCCAGGGCACCCAGACAGGCCAGAAGAAGUCUCUGGACCUCACAGGUCCUUUGCUUCUGGGUGGAAUUCCUGACCUCCCUGAGGAUUUUCCAGUAAGAAACCGAGAUUUUGUGGGCUGCAUAAGGAACCUCACGAUUGACAGCAAAACUAUUGACAUGGCCAGCUUUAUUGCUAACAACGGCACUGCUGCAGGUUGUCUGGCAAAGAGUAAUUUCUGCAGCAGCAGUGUGUGUCACAAUGGAGGGUUGUGUGUGAACAAGUGGAACACAUACUCCUGUAAUUGCCCGCUAGGCUAUGGAGGAAAGAGCUGUGAACAUGUGAUGCGCUCACCGCUGCGUUUUGAUGGUCAUGCUCUGGUUUCAUGGAGCAACCCUGAUAUCACUAUAACGAUCCCGUGGUACAUCGGCCUGAUGUUUCGUACCCGUAAAAGUGCUGGCACUCUGCUUCAGGCCAGCGCUGGCGAGCUGUCUAAAUUCAGCUUACUGGUCAUUAACAUGCACAUGCGUUUCCAGGUGUUUGUGGGCGCACGGCGUGUGGCUCUGCUGGAUUUUCCACAGGUGCGGGUCAGUGAUGGUGAGUGGCAUCACAUCCUGGUGGAGCUGAAGAGCGGAAAAGAUGGGAAGGACAUUACGUACAUGGCCCUGGUCUCUCUGGACUACGGAAUGUUCCAGAGGACAGUGGAAAUUGGAAAUGAGUUGCCAGGACUGAAGCUAAAGAAUCUUUAUGUUGGAGGCCUAAUGAAAAAUAAUGGCUCUGUGCUAAAUGGCUUUAAUGGCUGCAUGCAGGGUGUACGAAUAGGAGAGACCUCCACGAACACAGGAAACAUUAACAUGCGUCAGGCUGUGAGGGUGCGUGUGAAGGAUGGAUGUGAUGUACCUGGCAGGUGUGUGUCCGCUGCGUGUCCCACAAACAGCCGUUGCAGAGACAACUGGGCCUCGCAUUCCUGUGUGUGUGAGCCAGGCUACUUUGGGAGAGACUGUGUGGAUGCUUGCUUGCUGAACCCAUGUGAACACACAUCCAGCUGUGUGCGCAAGCCUCUCAGCAAAAACGGGUAUACCUGUGAGUGUGGAAACAACUACUACGGCCAGUACUGCCAGCACAGAGGAAACCAGCCAUGUCCUCGAGGAUGGUGGGGUUACCCAAGCUGUGGUCCAUGCAACUGUGAUGUGAACAAAGGAUUUAAAAGAGACUGUAACAAGACAACGGGUGUGUGCAGCUGUAAGGAUAAUUACUACCAGCUACUAGGAAGUGACACCUGUUCCCCAUGUGAGUGUUUGCACCUGGGAUCUAACUCUCGUACCUGUGACCCUGUGACUGGGCAGUGUCCAUGUAAAAUUGGGGUGGUGGGACGUCAGUGUAACCGCUGUGACAACCCCUUUGCUGAGGUGACCUCCAGUGGCUGUGUGGUUGUGUAUGACAGUUGCCCUAAAGCAUUUGAAUCAGGAAUCUGGUGGCCCAGGACAAUGUUUGGUGGCCCUGCAGCAACAAACUGUCCCAAAGGUUCGAGUGGCACAGCUAUUCGCCACUGUAGUGAUAAAGAAGGUUGGCUUGCCCCAGAGCUCUUCAACUGCACCUCUCCGUCCUUCACCGAGCUCAGGAAGGAAAGUGAGGAGCUUUAUUAUAACUCCUCUAGACUGGAUGUAAAAAGGUCUGAAAGCCUGGCAGCCAGGUUGCGCAGUGCCACAAAGAGCACAAAGCGAAUGUAUGGGAGUGACGUGAAGACGGCAUUCCAGCUGAUGUGUAGCAUCCUACAGCGUGAAAGUCUACAGCAGGGGUUUGACCUGUCUGCCGCACAUCAUUCCACUUUUAAUGAGGACAUGGUAAGAGCAGGCAGUGCUAUCCUGGACCCAGUUAAUAAAGGUCCCUGGGAGCAGAUCCAGCACUCAGACGGAGGUUGUGCUGAUUUGUUGCAUUAUUUUGAGGAGUAUGCCAAUACCUUGGUCCAGAACAUGAGGAAGACCUAUCUGAAACCCUUUACUAUCAUCACAAACAACAUAAUUUUUGCAAUGGAUAUUCUGGAUUCCUCCUCUGUGAACCAGCUUGAGCUUCCUCGCUUUCAGAAGAUAAAGGAGAUCUAUUCUAAAGAGAUGGAGUCCUCUGUGAUUUUCCCAGACACAUUUAUAAGGCCAGCAGGAAGCCAAGAUAUUGCUACCACAGAAACCCCUCUACAAAGUGUUCCAGCCAAUCCUCAUGUUGGUCCUAAAGGAACAGAAGCUCCCCCUGUCAUUGGUCCUGGACCUUCAGCUAAAAAACGACGGCAAACUGAUAUGGCCGAGUCUCCAACUGUUGCAUUGGUGAUCAUCUACAGAUCGUUAGGCCAGCUUCUACCUCAGAACUACGACACGGACCGGCGCACUCUCAGACUACCCACACACCCAGUUAUUAACAGCCCUGUAGUGAGUGUGAUAGCACACCAGGAGGGAGAAAGCAGCUCUCCUUUACUAAACACACCAAUCACACUGAUGUUCAGACUGCUGGAGACACAGGAGAGGACUAAACCUGUGUGUGUCUUUUGGAACCACUCUAUUUCAAUGAGCCGCUCAGGCUCCUGGUCCUCUAAAGGCUGUGAAUUGGUCUUCAGAAACACAACACACAUCAGUUGCCAGUGUAACCACCUGACCAGCUUUGCUGUCCUCAUGGAUAUUUCCAAAAGAGAGCAUGGGGAUGUUCUGCCCCUGAAGGUGCUGACCUACACUACUGUCUCAUCCUCCUUGGUGACCCUCCUCCUUACCUUCCUCCUUCUGGCUAUUCUGCGUAAACUGCGCUCCAACCUGCACAGCAUCCACAAAAACCUGGUGGCAGCCAUCUUCCUCUCUGAGCUUAUCUUCCUCACUGGCAUCAAUCAGACUGACAGCCCAUUUGUGUGCACAGUGGUGGCCAUUCUGCUGCACUACUCCUAUAUGUGUACAUUUGCCUGGAUGUUUGUGGAGGGGCUGCACAUUUACCGUAUGCUGACAGAGAUGCGCAAUGUCAACCACGGCCAAAUGAGAUUUUACUACGCCAUUGGCUGGGGUUUUCCCGCCAUUAUCACAGGUUUGGCUGUGGGGCUGGAUCCUCAGGGUUAUGGGAAUCCAGACUUCUGCUGGCUUUCUGUUCAGGACACUCUCAUUUGGAGUAUAACAGGACCCAUCUCCUUUAUAGUGCUGAUAAACAUUAUAAUAUUUGUGCUGGCAGCAAAGGCUUCUUGUGGACAGAGAAGUCAAAGUGAGACAUCAGGAGCAAUUAGUUCUGCUCUUCGUAUGGCAGUCCUACUGCUGCUGCUCAUUAGUGCCACCUGGCUGCUUGGCCUAAUGGCUGUUAACAGUGACGUGCUCACCUUCCACUACCUGUUUGCCAUCCUCAGCUGCCUGCAGGGCAUUUGUAUAUUUUUCUUUCAUUGUAUACUCAACAAAGAUGUGAGGACAAACCUGAAGAGUGUCUUUGCUAGAAAGAAGGUACCAGUGGAUGAGUCCACUGCCACCCAUGCCAGUCUGCUCACUCGCUCUUUAAAUGGGAAUACAUACACAGAGGAUGGCUGUUUGUACCGCACACCGAUUGAUGAGUCCACAGUGUCCCUGGAGAAAUCAGCCAAAUCGGGCAAAAGCCAAGGGAGCAGCUACAUCUCCUACACACUCAGGGGUGAGCGAAAGUCCAGUACGACCCAGAGUAGCAGAAAAUCCCAAUUUGGUGGAGAGUCAUCUUUAAUCUUCAAAAAGAAGAAGAAAAAAGAAGACUCUGAUUCAGACAGUGAACUCUCGGUGGAUGAGCACAGCAGCUCAUAUGCUUCAUCUCACUCAUCUGAUAAUGAGGAAGAGAAGAAGAGAUCUAAGCCUAAGUGGAAUAAUGAGAGGAGUCUAGUUCACAGCACUCCGAUAGUUGAUGCUGUGGCAAAUCACAUGAAGCCUUGCUGGUCAGUAGAGCACCCUAUAACUAGUGAGGGGACUGGUAGUCCAGAUAAACUGCGGCUGCAGACCAAAGCCUGUAUGGAGCUCCAUCAGUCCAAUAAGUUCAGUCCAAAUGGGAAUGUUUCACCAAGCGAAGGUCCUCCCAGCCAGCCGAGCAGCACCCAGUUGCCCAGAAAAGGCAUUUUGAAGAACAAAAUCACAUGUCCUCCUCCAAUGACCGACAAGAAUCUGAAGAAUCGCAUACGGGAGAAACUGGGUGACUACAACUCCCCCACUAUUUUGUAUAAGAGUUCCUCAGUUGGGUCAAAUGAAGGCCUGCGCUGUGGCACUGACAGUGAUGGUAUCAUUAUUGAAGCCCCAGCUCUUUCACUCACCAACACACUGAACACAGUCACAAUGGAGCCCAGCACAAGUCCUGCCUUUGUGGUGGAAGACACGGACUCAGAUGCAAGCAAUGAAACCUCAAUCUGAAGCUGGAAUAUAGCUUUUUUUGGGGAAGGACAGCUCCCGGCUGCAGAUCAAUAUGCUCCUAUGGAGAUCAGUAUUGUUUUAGAACUUUAUUCUGCCUGCAAAAUAUUGAGAAAAAGGGAAGAGUGUGGAAACUUUUACUUUAAGCUGGAUCUGAGAGCUGAAGAUCCCAGCAUACCACUCUACAAUGCCAACCAGGAUAUGUUCAAAUAUUGGGAUGAAAUCUUUGGAGCCAUCAACAUACUUGAUGUUGCCCUGGUGUGCCAUACCUACACACUCAAUUUAAGACUGUACCAUCAAAAAAAACUCCUUUCACAGACAAAAUCAUUAUAAAAAUGUAAAUAAUAUGUACAGUAGGUUAUUUGCAUUUCUGCUGAAGUAUUUGCAGAAAUUGUAUAAAUGAUUGUAAUUUUGCCCUGUACGAAUCUGUCUAUAUUGAAUGUCCACUUUUUUGCUGUUUCAUUUUUUAUAUUAAUUUGGAUGUUGAAUAUUGUACAUACAUGACUGUGGACUGUUCCAGUGUUCAUUUUAGUUUUAGUCAAAGGAAGGAGUCUAACACUGGUUCAAACAUACUGUGCUGCUCUUAGGAACAAACAUUCGUUGUAUUGAAUGUUGUUUUUUUUACCUUUUGUUACGAUGCAUACCACACAGUGUUUCAAAGUUGAACAUGUAGAGCAUACCGUAAUGUUAAUGUUUUUUUUUAUUUGUUAAAUGUUACAGAAAUGUGCAGUUCUCUGAUUCAUUUUUGGCCUUUGCAAAACGUGAAGGAUAUAUGACUCCUUUUCCUUCAUCAUCUGCUUCAGGGAAUUUAAUCUUUUAGUUUUGGAUGUAAUGGCCAAAACCUAAAUGCAGAUCAGCUCAAGAUAAAGCCAGAUGACAGAGAGAAUGAUUUUGGUUAAAAUAUGGCCAGACAUAAAUAGUUAAUAGGUAAAUAUAUGUGAGCAGCAUGAUAUAAAGCCGUAAGACCUGCAACAUGUCUGCCAAGUCAAAAUGACUAAGGGAUGUCAGAAGGAUUGUUUUUAUGAAUUUAAAUCAAUCUAUAUGUGUUUCUAAAACCAGUCAGCUUACUUCUGCUUGCUUAGAGGCAGACACUGGAUAUAGAUGUGAAUAUUCACGUUUGCACUGAAAUCAUAGUCUGUAAAUAAACAUCAUGAAAGUUUUAUAUAAA